AUCUGAUAUUCUGCCGAGUGCCGAAUACCUACCGAAAUUUACAAAUUACAAUUUAAUUUAAUUUCUCUAUAUUAACGUAUUGUAAAUCAAUUAAAUGAUAAUUUAUGAAAUCUAUAACAUAUUUAUGUGACGCAUGUUGACGAUCUUGAAAAUUCUGAAGUUUACACAAGAAUAAACAUACAUAUUUAAAAUUUUCUUCAGCUAUUAUAAUAUAUGGACGAUCAAAAUAUACAAAAUGAUACUAGUUCAUCAGCAUACAUUGUCCCUUUCAGAAGCCCCGCGUUUAGUAAAGAAGAAGUUAGAGUUUUGGUUAAUUUAGUAGCAAAAUAUAAACAUAUAAUUUUAAACAAGUGCACAAACUCUACAACCAAUCAUGCAAAGGAGGCUGCUUGGGUAAAGAUAACAAAAGAAAUAAACAAACAGGGCUUCAAAUAUUCAAGAAGUGUGGAUAGUUUAAAAACAAAAUGGGAAAAUCUUAAGAAGGAAGCUAGAAAAACUUCAAAAAAUUUAAUUAAUCUAAACAGGACCGAAAAUGAUGUUCUUUGCCAAAUAGUAUCAAUGAUCAAUGACUCUGAAAAAAAUACAAAUGAAAUACCUCAGGAUUGGCUAGAAGAAAUAAAUGAUUUACACGAAGGUGAUGAAAAUAACUCUUCUAAGCUCUGGGAUGACAGUAAUGACAAACAAUCAGAUGAAUCAAGUGAUGGAGCUGAAGAUGAUAAGUUAAUGUUGAAUAGAUCACUAAACUUUGCGCCACAAGAAUGCAGUCUGUUGUUAAAAUGUAUAAAAGAUGAAAAGAAAAGCAUCUUCUGCAAAGAAAGCUCAGGCAGAGCCUAUAAGAUGAAAAAUAAUGCAUGGGCCAGGAUAACAUAUACGUUUAAUAAACAGAGUCCGCAAAAAAGGACUACAAAAGUAUUGCGAACUAAGUUCAACAACAUGAAAAGGAUGGCAAAAAAAGUUCGAUAUAAAGACUUUAAUAUUAAAAAUCAAAUCGAGAAGCUAUUAGACGAUAGAAAUGAGGAAAUAAAGACUGAGCCACACUUUGAGUAUAAAAACGAUCUAGACUCAGAUAAUGACGAUGAGAAUGAAAAUGAUGACGACGAUUCCCACGACAUACACGGCAUUUCUAAUGAGCACUGUGAAGAAAUGUCAGAUCCACUCGGUACGGUUCUUAAAGGAGACUCGGGAAUAGAUUCCAUAUGUCAUUUCGGUUCCGGCAAACAAUUUGAAAACAAGGAAGUGGUUAAAUUAAAACUAGAACUCCUUAAAUACCAAUUGGAAACUGCAAAACUAGAGAGACAGAGGGUCGUAGAGGCGGCGCAGGCGGAGGCCGGCGAGCGCCAGGCGCGCGCCAUCGAGACGUCGCUGCGCCUGCGCGCCGCGCGCCUGGCGCUCGUGUCGGCCGAGCAGCAGCUGUCCCCCUCGCACCCCGCGCUGCACUACGGCGAGCGGGAGACGCGCGCGCAACAGUACAUGCGCUAUCCGCACACUUGAGAAUAUUAAAAUUUGAAUGAUUCAGUA